AUGGCUGACAAUUCGCGCCAACCGAGUCUGAACUUGACUCCUGAAGAGAAGCGAGUCUUUUACCAGCUCUUCCAAGUCGCCGAUACGACAAACCUAGGCGUCAUUACAGGCGAGAUCGCCGUCCCGUUCUUCGAGAAGACCAAGCUUGCCCCGGAAACCCUCGGAUUGAUAUGGCAAAUUGCGGAUAGGGAGAACAGGGGGCUUCUGACUCCCUCCGGGUUUGGCAUCGUGAUGCGAUUGAUCGGGCACGCCCAGGCUGGUCGCGCACCAACGGAUGAAUUGGCACUACAACCCGGCCCGUUACCCAAGUUUGAUGGCAUUCCGAUUGAUGCCGCUAUUCCGUCUCCGCGCGAUGCCGGUGCAAGCAGUCCACAACCAGCCUCUGGUCCCAUCCGAGUCCCGCCUUUAAACCCUGAAGAUAUCAACAAGUUCGUUGCUCUGUUCGAGAAGUCUGACGUCGCCAGAAGCGGAACCAUAUCUGGUGAAACUGCAAAACAGAUCUUCGAACGCGCAAGGCUUCCGAAUGAGAUUCUCGGCCGGAUAUGGACCCUAGCCGACACUAAGCAACGGGGAGUACUCGAUGCGACGGAGUUCAUUAUCGCCAUGCACUUGUUAUCAUCGUAUAAAUCUGGCGUUAUGAGAGGAAUUCCCCAAGCGCUGCCGCCUGGCCUAUACGAAGCAGCCGCUCGACGAGGUGGCGGUCGGCCUUCUUUCAGUGGACCACGGCCUGGACUCGAUGUUCCUCCUGUUCCCGCAAUUCCUAAGCAGUUUACAGGUCCCCAGAGGACUCAGAGUCCGCUCAGCAGACAACAAUUCGGGUCUCCUCUCUCUGCGCAAUCGACGGGUGGUGACUGGCUAGUUUCUCCGCAGGAGAAGCUUCAGUUCGACAACUACUUUAACACCGUUGACACGACAAAAUCCGGGCUUAUUAGCGGCGACCAAGCUGUAGCAUUCUUUACGAAAGCACAGUUACCCGAGGAGACCUUGGCGCAGAUUUGGGAUCUUGCGGAUAUCGAUGCUGACGGCCAACUGACGAGAGAUGAAUUUGCCGUGGCCAUGUAUUUGAUUCGCCAGCAGUUUACGAACAAGGGACCCUUACCUCACACUUUACCCCCCGCGCUGAUUCCGCCGAGUAUGCGUCGACCAAGCUCUACGCACGCGGCGCCGGUUCCUGCUCCAGUCCCUGCUCCGGCUGCAGCACCGUCCCACCCUCCUGCCCCCGUUCAGACUGCUGCGGAUGACCUCUUCGGUCUCGACCCAUUCGCAACCGGGCCUGCAGCCCCGGCCCCGGCUCCUGCUCAAGUUCCACAGUCAACGGGCAACUCGAACUCUCCUUUUGCAACACCGAGCUCACCACUCCACCCAAGGUCCCCACCGGGUACCGCAAACGCAUUCAAGCCUUUUAUUCCCACUUCAACCUUCGGUCAGAGUUUACAACCACAGGCGACGGGUGCAUCAUCCGUUCCCUCAACGUCUAGAACACCUCAACCGGCGGACGACCUUCUUGGAGAUAACGAUCCCGAAGAGUCUAACAAGUUGACCCAUGAGACUACCGAGCUUGCGAAUCUUUCCAAUCAGAUUGGCUCCCUCGCGAAUGAGAUGCAAAACGUCCAGACGAAGCGAAGCGCUACCGAGCAAGAAUUGUCUCAAACUUCCCAGCAGAAACGUGACUUCGAAUCUCGUCUUGCGCAGGCUCGGACAAUGUACGAACAAGAGGUAAAGCAUUUUAAAGCCUUGGAAGAACGCCUGAAAACCUCAAAAGCGGAGACGACCAAGCUGCAGUCGGAGUAUGCUCUAAUUGAAGGCAGCAGACAGGAUCUGCAAAGCCAGUACAACCAGGUUUCUGCUGCCCUCGCAGCCGAUCAGCAGGAAAAUGCAAGCCUAAAGGAGAAGAUCCGGGAAGCCAAUGCAGCAGUCGCUCAGCUGAAGCCUGCAUUAGAGAAAAUUCGUUCCGAGGCACGCCAACAGAAGGGUCUAGCAGCUAUCAACAAGAAGCAAUUGGCUACCGUAGAGGGAGAACGGGAUAAGAUUCAAGAAGAGAUUGAUGACUUGUCCAAGGAGCAACCAGCAGAGCCCGAGAGGGUUGCGUCCCCUGUCAGCAAUCCUCCCGCUGUUGCAAGCCCGGCUACCUCUACGACUAGCCAGCAUACUAACCCCUUCUUUAAACGCACGAUGACUGGCUCAAGUGAGAGCAACAAUAUCACUUCGCCGCAGAUUUCGAACGAUCAACAACGCGCCUUUGAUAGUCUCUUUGGUCCAUCUUUUGGUGCUGCUCCAGCAACGGCUGUGACUCCGCCUCCCCCGACCUCGUUCCGCGCCGACUCCCGAGCGGAAUCAGCAAGGUCUCCAUCCGGCUCUGGGGUUCCAACUCCUUCGAUGUCCCCACCACCAUCCUCUGCUGGAGCGUUCGGCUCAGAACCACCCGCGCCGGCUCUGUCCAGACAAAUGACGCCGAACGCUCUUCCUUUGAGUGGAACGCUCUCUGACACCACUUCCACAAUGGUUUCUCCACCAGCUAGUCGAUUUGGUACUCAGGAUGCAUCUAGUGUUGGAACCCCUUCACAAGCCGGUGUCAGUGAGGCUCAUCCUACCUCUACAUCUCCUUUUGAUGAGACAGAGGAUUCAAAGGAGCGAUUCCCAGCGAUCCCCGGUGCUUUCGACACCCCUUCAGGAGCCACCACAUCGCCAGGUAGUGAGGAGAAACCGAUUGAUGCAAAGGACCCAAGCUUCGACGAAUUGUUUGGUGGGCCAGCUCAUCAGCGGUCCAAGUCUCAACAAAAUAAUGAUUUUGAAGAGGCCUUCGCUGCCAUGAAGGGGCCGAACGCGGCCACUACAAACGGUGCGCCAGAGUCCGAGUUCCCACCUAUCCACGAGAUUGAUGACGACGACGACGAUGACAGCACCGAUAGCGAAGCACAAUUAGGCUUCGAUGAUAACUUCACGCCUGUUUUCCCCCAGAAUCAUGCGGCCUCGAAUUCAGAACAAAUCGAGCCCUCGCAACUUGCUGCUUUCCCAACUCCGGGAGCUGCCAGUACUCCAUCUGCGCCGCCUCCUCCUGCCGAGUCACAACCCAGUCCUCCUAAGUAUGACGAAGAAGCCGAAAAGCAGGCCCCAGGGAAUAUGCCACCGGAGUUCGGUGGCUUGCUCCCAGAGAGAGGUGACCCAACUCAAGCCCCAGAUGCUCCUCAUUCCGUAGAGACUUCAACCGGGGCGCCGAUUGUCGGCGGAGCGGCUCAACAUGAGGACACCAAAUCAUCUCCGUCAGCACAAGCUCCAAGCGGAAGCAAGGCUCCUGAUUUUGAAGCUGCUUUCUCCGGGCUAAACCUCGCCCCUGCCAAGGAGGCGGACGACGAUGAUGAUGAUGACGACGAUUUCCCACGAUCUGAGGGCAAGCCCAACAUGGAUUUCGAUUUCUCAUUUGACUCCGCAGCCGCUCAACAGCAAAAGGCUGCUCCUCCCGCUAGCGCGCAUGGAAACGUGAGCUCCGACUUCUUCAGCUUCGAUCAAAAUGCCCCUGCUUCCACGUCUUCUGGCGCUGCCAAUCCCGCCGCCAAACCAGAAGACCAUGACUGGGACGCGCUCUUUGCCCCGCUAAAUAACAUGAAAUCGCCUGGUGCCGAGGCAACAAACGGAGCAGCGCCUUCAACUUCCUCUCCCGAUCCAAAGCAGCCCGGCUGGGCCCUUCAAAAUGAGACACAAGAUGACCCGAACCUCCAGCGUUUGACGGGAAUGGGCUUCCCUAGAGACGCCUCUCUUGCCGCCCUGGAACAAUUCGACUACAACAUCGACAAGGCCAUCGAUCAUCUCACGUCCAAAGCGUGA